AUGACUACAGACUGCGAGAAUCUGGAUAUUCAAUACGUGGCUCUGUACUGGACUGUUCCAUCAAAGCCAUCAUUGGCUGUCUGGCGUGAAACGGUUAUGGUGUGCGGUCCCAGACUAGACGUCAAGACGGCGCCGAUCCUAUGCUUGACAGGUACGGAGUACGCAGGUACGGAGUAUAGAUUAUGCGAUCGAGGUGAGCCCCUGAGAAGGCUCGAGGCUGUCCCGAGUCCCGACUCCAAGGGAGUGAUAGUGUUAGGGCUAGCUAAUAUGCAGGUGUAUUAA